AUGGAUCCCAGUUUAGUACUAGAGGAAACGGUCCAAGAUAUUUCCAACCUCCAGUCCGAGUUUAAACAUCUAUACGAAGAGAUUCAAGCGUCAGAUUGGAAAGAGUUCGAUGAUCAUAAAUCAUACCUUCAAAAGGAUUCACAGUUGCAAAAAUUCGUAAAACAACACGGCUCUACCACCGAAGCACCCAACGAAAAGGCAACAUCUGAUGAGAUUAGAGAUGGCAUUUCUAAAUGUAAGGGAGUGCAACAAACGAAAUGCGAACUAGCUAAUACCGCUUUGUUCUUAGUGGCAAGACAUUUACGGAAACUAGAGAAGAGCAUUUCCAUAUUAGAAGAAGAUGGUGUAUUGGCUCCUGCAGAAAAUGAGGAUGGGGAGAGCAGCAAUACAGAACUUUCCAGAGAAAGUUCUGUGUUGAGUGCGGUAGGCUUGAAUAGUACUACAGACAAAAAGAAGAGGACAGCAUCAUCGUCUAGUUCUGGACCAACUCUCAAAAGAAAGAAACAAAGUCGAACAUCAUCAUUACAGAGGGGUCAACUAGGUACCGAUGGUCCCUCCGAAAACAAAAGCAAUAAUAGUGUUGUGAACACACCGGGGAGAGACCUUGAUUUAUAUAAUGAUGAGCUCUUUGCCAAUACGAAUGAUAACGAUGAGGAAGAUAAAACUCUGUACUGUUUUUGCCAAAGUGUUUCAUAUGGUGAGAUGGUUGCUUGUGACGGGCCAAAUUGUAAGUAUGAAUGGUUCCAUUAUGGAUGUGUUAAUUUGAAAGAGCCUCCAAAAGGUUUGUGGUAUUGUCCAGAUUGUAGGCAAGAGAUGGCCAAGAAGAAUUUGAAGAAGAAACGCUCAUAA